AUGGUCGGCGUUACAUCCACCGAGAAAACAUUUGCCAUUGGUUUUGUUUUUUUGGAGUGUGAAAAAAAGGAUGGUUUUAGGUGGGCCUUGGAGGUGUGUCGCUCACUUUUGAAAAAACACGUCGAGAUGCUUAAGGCGAUUGUUAUGGACCGCGACCCCGCUUUGAUGAAUGCAGUUGCAAAGGUAUUUCCUUCUUCCGAUGCAUUACUUUUUCGAUAUCACAUAUCAUGUAAUGUGAGAAGUAAGGUUAAACCCGCCGUGGGGACAAAACAAGUAGCGACCGAAGGUGGGAAAGCGGUAAAGCCUGUAGUGAUUGUUGACCAAAUAAUGGAUGCAUGGGCUCGUAUUGCAAGUUCGUCGACAAAAGAAUUGUACGCCGAUGUCAUCGGCAAUGUGUCUCGGGCCGGAUUGAAUUAUAUCUUUCACGAGGCGAAUCGAGGUGAAACAAUUGGUGGUGAUACCGCAAAGUGUGGUUGCACUAUUACUAUCACGUAUGGUCUCCCGUGUGCUUGUGCUACUGCUAAAAAAGUGAGAUUAGGUGAGCCAAUAACAAUGAAUGAAAUCAAUCCUCAUUGGAAGAGACUUAGUUUUGAUGAUGAUGAUGGUUGUGUCGAAGAAGAUUCAAAUAUCUCUAUUAUUUAUGAAUUGGAGGCGAUACAAGAGAGGUUUUUGAAGGCCGAUGACUACACGAAAUUAUACAUGAAAGAACAAUUGAGGAGGAUUGAAUUUCCCGAAACAACCGACAUGAAACCGCCGUCUCAAUCCGUUAAGACAACAGAUGCUCCGAAGAAAGUGAGGUAUACGCUAAAUGACAACUCGACAACACAGUCUCCUUCAUAUAGUGAGCACGUUGACAAAAUCUUUCCCGACUCACCUACUACGAAAUCUCAAAAGUCCCAAAAUAGUUCAAACAAGGGAGCUCGCCUAAGCAAACCGCCUCCGACACCUAUUCCACCGCAAGUUCCACAAGUAUCGACACCGAUUCUUACACCUAUUGUUCCAAAAGUUCCGAUUCCAACACUUAUAGCUCCAUCAAUUGAAGAGGUCGUAUCGACUUUGCUUGGUAAGGGAGAGGAUGCCCAUGAGCUUGUCCGUCAUGAUCUUAUCGACGAGUUGGUGAACCAUAAAGACUCGUACACGCGGAUGGAUCUACGAAAAGGUGUUACGUAUGACCCUUCCGUGGAUACAUCUACGGAACUGUCUGUGACAGAGAUUGUGUGGUCCAUAUUCUCCAAAGGCUUCUAUAUAUUUGGGGUUUCUAGGUUUGCAUUGCACACAAGCACAAACUCUAAACACAAACACACACCACAAGCACAAAAAUGUCUCGCAUUAGGCCAGAUGGAUGUCACCGAACAUCAAUGA